UAACAGGUCUUAAGACCAGUAAUUGUAGAAUUAAACAGUUCAGCUAGUGAUUAUCCUGGUCUGGAAACGACGCAACAAGGAUUAGUUCGUGUCAGAUCCAAUCAACGCUAUUUUCGACAGUAUAAACUUUUCGACGUAAAAGGGACCAAGAAUCAAUCACGUAAAACAAACAAAAGUUUUCAACAACCAAUAGAAGUAUGAUGAUUUAAGCUUUGUUUGUAUUAAUAUCAUUAAAGCGGUAGACUGAGAGCUAAACUCGUUGCCACUAAGAACAAAGCCUUUAACACCUCAUUAAAAAAAGCUAUAAAGACUCGAGCUCCAACUAAUUUAGAAAUCAGGCGAGGAUCAACAAUCGGGGCAUAAGUCGAUUAUCAACUUAAACUGGAGUUUAACUGUCUGUAGCAAUAAUAAUUAUGGAUAGAAGGGUAAAGUUUCCUCACAACCUUGUAUUCCAUGAUAUGGUCAAAGAUGGCGACUCAUCGGAAAUGACAAACUUCUUCAAACGACCGAGCGUGGCCGAUCCUGAAGGUAUCAUCAACUCUCCCGGGGAUCARGCAGGACCUGCUCUWCAUACUCUCGUCAAAGAAGGAAAUCUAAAGUGUGUUCGAGUACUGGUUAACCUUGGCGCUGACGUGAACAUGCCAAACGAAGAAGGAUGGAGGCCGUUACACAUUUGUGCUUUGACAAACAAUAUAGACGUCGCUAAGUUUUUGGUGAAAAGAGGCGCCAAYCCCGACUUGACCGAUCACCAAGGAAGAACUCCUGUGGAUUUAACAGAUGAUUUCGACUUGAUUGAACUAUUAAUGAUGUAUUCACCAGAAGAGACACGGCGAAAAAGUAUGGCYAAAUAGAAAACGAGUUUGAUGGGAACCAUAGUGAAUAUYUUAACGUUAUUCCGCUAAUAGAGUAACACUAAAACRAACACGUUUGUACUGUUCUAGACGACUAUGCGCUAAUCAACGCAGGGAAACUUUACGUUUAACCGAGAAAAAUGACAAAUCCCUGCAGAAAAAUGAYUACGCAAGUAUAGUUUCAUCAGGARGCUUUAUUGAUGGCACAUUGAGUAAAGAAAUCCCGCGYAAACAGGUUCAAAGAUUUUAAUAAAUCUGAGUGAUUGCAACUUSUUAUUAAAACUUYYACACUUAUUUAAAAUAUAUCCUUUAAGUUCAUUUGUUUUGGAAGAAUGUACAAUGACGGUAAAUGUAUAGAAAAGAGGGGUAAAUUGGUAUUUGUCGUUCAAUUAAUACUUUCAAUACUUGAUUUGUGGUAUAUAUUUGAAGCUCAAAGACAAAAAACUUUGUGGAUCCUUUGCUUUUAAUCGUUUUUGGAUUUUAGUGUUAAGACACGCCAAUUUAUCGUGAGUUUUACGUAAGGGCUGUCUGCAGUAUAUAGAGCCUUUUCAUCGUUGCUGCUUUUGACAAAAGCACUCAAAAGUCGAUAAAAGGAAAAAAAACUCUAAACCAGUUUCACUCUAAUGCUAUUACGUAUGACGUCACAUGUGUAUGACGUAUUUCCCAGAUAAAUAAAAUACUCUCUAAAAUAAUAAAAAUUUUGRUGCCA